GCGGCAGGCGGUAGCGGCAGUAACCAGCCAAAAGUCGAGGGGGCUGCCGCCCUCAAUCUCCCGUAGUAUCGACGCUCGCAUCUAAGCCGCGGCCCGACACCUUUACGCUGUAGCCUCGAAAAAUGAGGAAGCCGUUUCUACAUUUUUCGUUGGUAUUCUUUUAAAACAUCGCUGCUGAUGUAGCCGGAGGCAGAUACUCAAACCGUAAACUACGGUAGUUGGCUUACAGCUUGGAGUUUUUGACAUGGCGCCAGCUGGCACUUUCGUGGGGGACUUGCACACAGAUGCAGGGAUACGGCCAGCUGCUUCCUCUGGUCAUGCCACCGCGCAACACAUCAAAACAAACUUGAACUCUUCCGCAUGGUCGCCAUUAAAGCAUACUUCGUGUAUAAUAAUGUUUUCUGUGGCCAUUGCAGUGUGAUUUCUGAAUGAGGAUAUGUCAGUGGACGAUAUUUAACUCUGUUGGCUAUCAGGAUCUCUGAUGCUGUUGCCCUCUCUUUGUGUUAUUAUGUUGUGACGGUUAUUGUGAUACAUUUUUGUUGCUAGUGAUCGUGAACAGUUAAAUAUUUCUGUUUGAAGAUAAUGAAAGUAUGUUGUGUUGUGAUUGCAAUCCUUACUAUUGGCGGCUCUCAUAUGUGAAACUGAUGAGUGUUCUACAGUGUAUGUGUUUCAUCUAAGGCAAUUUUUGAUAGGUGUAUGUGCAAUCUUAUUGACUCCAACUGUUUCAAAACAACACUUCGUCUUUGCCCAUCUUGAAAAUUUUCUGGAGGCACAGCUGUCACAUUCAUUGACCUUGUUUGUUGAAAAAUUUGUUAUUUUGUUGAAACUGAACACAGUCAGCCAGCUCAGAGAAUAGUGUAUUUAUCACACUAUUUCUGCACCUUCUCAGUUAUAAAAUGAGGGAGCAAUAAGCUUUUCACCAGUUUUUAUACAUACUAGUGGGAGUUGACAUUUUUCUGUAAUUUAUUUUCUUACUUUGUUACCAGAAAAAUAUUGCUGCAAAUGUUGCAGUUAAAUGUCUGGUGAAAGAAAUUGGAGAAAAUGUCCAUUUGAUCAUGAUGUAGUAAUGCAAAAUGCAUUGAAACAGUCAAAAGUGUAGUGUAAUGGAUCUCACUCAAUAUGCAGAGUACACCCAAAGUACUGCAAGAGUGGUCAGUUCAUGCUGAAGUCACAUUUUCUCAUGGAGCACAAACUCCAACUGCUCAGCUCUCUGGAAGCAAUGUGUCUAUGGACUGUUCAUGGCAAAAACCAACCACUACGAGCAGUGCAUCUACAACUUUGCGUCCUUGUUAUGGAUUUCAGCGUGGAAACAUUUUAUUCACAACUACACCACCACGGUCAUCACAACAUGAUGUUAGCAGACAGUCUAGUGGUGGACCCCAGUCAGCAAAAGCAUCUCAGCAUCCAUAUGACAGACGCUGUAAAAGCACUUGUAGCAUUGUAUUGGCAAAUCCAGGGGAAAAAUUGCAAUCUUUUCAUUACCAUUGUGGUGAUCGUGCUUGUUACCAUGCGAGACCACCAUACACGUCAGGGUUCUCCACAAUACCAGAAAAUUGUGAAAUAUGCAACAUUAAUCAGGUGCCAGAUUGUCAUAACAGGAAAAGUAGUACAUUUACUACACAUUUUUGCACAAGAGUACCAGAACGGUCUGCUAAUAAGGAACGCCAAGAUGCUGCUUCACAGACUGACACAGGACAUAAUGUUGUACCUGAAAAUCUUCAAGUUCCAGACAUGCCACUACAGAAGAAAAAGCUGUCAAAGAGGUUGUCAAGGUCACCUGCAAGACUAAGUGGAAAAUCUCCUUUGCUGCAAAGAAGGUACUCUGAAGUUUCUCAAGGAACAAGCAGCCGGUCUUCCACGCCAGAUGUUGACUGUGAUAAGCAGUGCCAAGGGAAACCUCGUACUGUGCACAUUGAUGUGUACUGUACUGGAUCAGAAGACGCUGAUGCCAGUGCAUCAUCAGAAGCUGACACAACAGAUGAAUCGUCACCACAGACAGUUUUUGAGUCAGAACAACUUCGAGUGAUGCACACAAAAAUGGGUAAAUUCUCUUUACCAAAAGGUUUGAAGCAGGUACCCAGAAGAAGUGAAAGUCUAAAAGAAAAGUCCAACGUCAACUAUUGUUUGGAACCAAAGGGUUAUGAGAGUGAUGAUGUUCUCAGUAGUCAGUACCCAUCCAGGCUUAGCUCAUACACUUCUCUAAAAGAGAGUGCAUCUGGUUUGGUAAGUGAGCAAUCUAGUACAGUAAGAGACCCAUCAUGGUCAACAAUAUCGAGUUGUGCUAUUUCGUGUGAUGACAAGGACUCAGUUAUGUCAACUUCCUGGAAGGACGUUUCUACUGAACUUGAUUCUGCAGCUGUGAGCAGCUCAAGUUUUGUAAACAAAUUUGACCCCUAUUUGACACAGAGUGAUAGUUUUGAAUAUGCUGAUAUGACAGAUCGAAUUCGCAUAAAGGAGAAGGCCAUGGCAUGGGCAGAUGAAGGGAGUGCUCAGCAACCACAUGAUAUUGAAAAGAAACGUCUGCAUCAACAACAAAAAUUUAAGGAGUUCUUAUACAGACAUUUAGGAAAAGGGACAUUUCCCUUGUGGAAAUCACAGCAUUCGGAUGAUUCAGAGGAAGAUGAAGACAAUGAUGAUGAUGACGAUGAUGAUGAUGACACUGGUGAUGCAUGGAGCUUUAUUGGAAGAGGCUGUUCUGGAACAUCUCUCCGAAGAGAAAAUACAGUUAAAAAAGUAGCAAAAUCUACAACACCUAGUGAAGGUGCAGAUAUUAAAUCACUUACUUUGCCAAUGAGGAUUAAUCACCUGAUUUGUGAUGCUGGGAGUUUAAGUGAUUCUGGUCCUCCAUCUGUAAACAGGUUUGCCCGUCGUAUUGCAAUAGGUCCAUUUGGGUCCAAGCCUCCUUCACCUCCUCCAUUAAAAGUAGAGUCUAGUGUUGUGUCACCUUUCACUUCUGUUCAAGGUACAGGUACUGAUCAGUUGUCAAAAGCUCAGAAAUUUGGUACUAUUGUUGGUACACUAAAGAAACCAGGCAAUCAUAUAGGGCCUUCAAAAAACCCUUACUGUUCUUGUGCACAUUGCCGUAGCUUUUAUGAAGCCACUUUACACUGUGGGAGGGCAAGGUCUGUGGGUGAUAUAAACUUUCAUCCAGAGACAGGACAGCCCAAUGAGUGUAAUGCUCAAAAUAUGCAUGAUACAAAGUUUGCAACUGACAAUAAAAAGUACUCAGAGACUGAAAGUGUCAAGUCGAAUACUAUCACUGACGCUAGUGAAUCAGACGGUACACCUGUUUGAUGUAGUAAGUGAAGCAAUUAGGUUGUUAUAAUUUUUAUUGUGUUUAUGAAAUGGAUACAUAGUUUUAUUAAACUGUGGCAGUGUGAGUGACAACAUUAUGUGCAUUAUCAGCUGCUUGUUAUUCUUAUGAUAUUGAAGGGUAGUUGAAAUUUGAGAAAAUGACAAAAUUUGUUAGAAUAACUGUAUAUUCGUUUCACAUUAUGUGGUAUUUUGCAUUUAUGUUGUACACAGAUUUAGGCUAUAUUGAGUCUCAUUGUAUGUAAAGAAGAUCACACUUACAGAGCCAAGAACGCUCCACGUAAUUAUGUCUAAUAAUAAGAAACUGGAAUGUUACUUCAUGUAUGAGGCCUGGAAAUAUGAUAAAUGGAAAAAAUGGCAAAUUUUUGGUUUGAAAAUUUGUGCUGUGAAAAUAUGUUUCAACAUCUGGUUCUGUUGAAUCGUGUAUCAGUGAACUGCGAACUAGAAAAUUUGUAGAUAAAGAAUGGGAAGUAUUGAUAAACUGAAAACCACAAAUAUGUUUAUGUGGGGAAGGUACUAUUGCCCUGUGUUUGCACUGUUUGCUCAUAGUCUGACAUGUUCUCUAUGUUCUCAGGUACAUGUAUCAUUGAUGUAGUGCAGAAAUAAUUGAAUAUACCUUGUUGCUGCUAAAAUUCUGUUAAUACUGAGUGGAUUCAAAUUGAAGAACAUUUUAUUUAUAGGCAACUUUUAAGCAAGAAAACAUUUGAGGAGAUACUUUUUAUUUUCUUCUGUCAUUGCUGACAGAAUUCAUUCUGGCUCAAUUUCUUGUUUGAAAUUUUGCAGUUUUGUCUUUGCUGAACUAUCACAUUCUCUCAAGAAACUUGUGCUGGAAAUGUAGGUGCUAAUGAAUUUUACCACUGCACAAAAAGAAGCAUUGCCAGUUGUUUCUCACUGAUGAUCUUCCUUGUUGUAUUUUUCAUUUUUAUAGUUGGUUAUUAAAUGCAUUUCUGAAUACAAAAAAUGCGUCUUUCAGCUAAUUAGACACUCCAGCAAACCAGCCAGUGAAUGGUGGUCAGCUUUGCAUUUUUCUUAUUGACUCCUUUUCCACACAUUUAUACCCCAGUAAUUGAUUUUACCUAACAUACUUGUCCUACAUGAUUUUGUUCAUUGUCAGUUAAUGCUGCUAUGGUGCUGACAGUGCAAUUGACGUUAUGACUUUCAACUUCGUUUAUCAUUUGUGCAUGAGGUGUUAUUUCCUGUCACAGUUAUCUGUGAUUUCGGAACUAUAAUCUGCUACAUUUUUCAUGAAGUUCAUCUAGACAUUUUUUCCCCUCUAUACCUGUAUUAUACAGCUGGCAGAUCAUUUUUCUAAUUCUGCUCUUGUCUUAGUGUUGCAUUUAAAUUCCUUAAUGUAUACUUUGAAUUGCAUGAAGAUGUUUGGAGGAAAUGUAGUCUUUCAGACUGUGAACUAUAGUUUUAGGGCUCAAAUAUGUGCCCCACUUUCAUUUCAGUGGCAAGUCUCAGAAUUCUACUUAUGCUGUUCUUAUAAGAUCAACCAGUCUGUUACAUUGUGUAUAUAGUUGACUAAUCACAACAUCUACUACACUCAAAAGUAAUUCCUCUCAACUUUCCUUGUGAUAUCAUGUUACAAUUAUUAUAGGAGUCUGUGUAGAUUGUACUGUUUCAUUACUGUUAGCUGUUUGCCUUUUGUCAAUUUCUGUAACAGCUGUUCUGAGUAACCCCCACCCCCUCUCAAAAAAAGUAUUAACAACAGGUUAUUUCAUUUGUCAUUAGUUGUUUUUCCAUGUGUCUGUUGUAUUUUUCCUAUUUUUAUAUGCUUUUUAUGAGGUCAUUUCAACUAUCAACUUGUUAGUUGUUGUGUAGGGACCAGUACUGGUAUGUUAUUAUUUAUUAAUGCACAGGGUGUGUAGGUGUUAAAUUUUCGAUGUUUCUUGGUCUGGAUUUGCCUGUCACUUGUUAUGUAGUUAAUAAGUAGACUUUAUGGCUAUUCAUUUUUUAAUUGUAAUCCUUCUGGUGCCCAAUGCGUUUGGACCAACAAGUUAACAGCUUUUUAAUUUUCUCAAGGAAAAAAAGGGGCUUUUGAACUCUGAUUAGUACUUGUUAGUAGGACAGAUACUGACUUAAUUCAAUAAAAAGUCUUUCUUUUAUCAUCAUCAUCAUCAUCAUCAUCAUCAUCAGUCAUCAUUACCAGUAAGUAGGAAACAGAAAAAGGUACAUGGGAUCAAGUCAGGUGAUAACAGUUAGUGGUGGAAUUGUUUUGAAACUCAGCUUGUGCUCAUUUACAAUCACAAUGUCCUAUGUGUUAUUAGGCACAUUGUUCCAGUGUGAUAAUGUUGUUGUGCUCAGUAAUCUUAAGCGUCAUGGAAACAGUUCACCAAUGCUCCAUAUAACAGCCAGUCAUUACUAUAGACUUUUGAUGUAGUCAAUCAAGUUGGUUACAUUGAAAGUUUCAGAAACACUUGCCAUGUCUUUUUCCCACAAGAAACAUGUUUCUUCUUGUUUCUGUGCACUUUCACCUUUGACAGUCCAAUGUUUGGACUGCAGUUUGGUCUGCAGACUCUAAUGUAAUCUAAAUUUACAUAAUUCUGCCAGCUGUUAACAUACUGUGCUUCAUUAUUUCAACAAAAUUUUGAAAUGUCAUGUCUUGUGUAUUUACUGUCUGAGCUCAAUAAAUUCAGUAUCCACUCUACUCAA